AUGAAUGUGGGGAGAGAAGGAAAGAUGGAAGGUCCCCUCCUAACAAUCAUGAUGACUCCAGUUAAAAGACGUAAAGAACGUAAAGCAGAAACACCUUUGAAUAAGAACCUAGUCCCUCCAGAGUUUAAGGCAAACGUUCUGCGAAAUAGUUGUCGAAAUUUCAAACAAUUGAAAAUGGCCACAACAACAAUAUCGUCGUUACAAGUUGCUGCUGAUUCAUUGAAUGCUGUCGGAACACAGUUUUACCGUUAUUAUCUAAUACCAUUUUUUAUUCUGGGUGUUGUUGGAAAUACACUCAAUGUAUAUGUCUUUACACGUCCUUCACUGAGAUCGAAUCCAUGCUCGAUCUACUUUCUGGCCUCGACGUGCGCAUGUUUUAUUGUCGUGUCAAGAAAUCCAAGUUUCACACUUUCUCCGCAUAAACUGGGUUCCUGUAUUUAUCACAGGGCUUUAGCAUCAUGGUUUGUCGUACUAGCCUGUGUGGAUCGUUAUUUAUGCAGUUCUCCUCAUGCGAGAGUUCGACGAUUCAGCAGUCUAAAGGUUGCUUAUCGUGCCGUAUCAAUCACAGCUAUCAUCAUCUGGCUGUCCUACAUACAUGUCCCCAUCUAUUUCACCAUUCAAGAUACAUUGGAUAAAUACAGUAAUCCAUCACCAGCAUGCAUCGGCCAAAAGGGUUUAUACACAACAUUUCUAGCAUUCUAUUAUUUAACGAUGUAUUCUCUUUGUCCACCAUUUCUGAUGUUGAUAUUUGGCUUGCUAACAUUGAACAAUAUUCGACAGCGCGGCAAACAAGUAGCACCAGUCUCAGAUUCAACAACGACAGCAACAGUGGAUGCAAGACGUAAAAGAAAAACAGAUCAGCAACUCUUAGUAAUGCUCGUAGUCCAAUGUAUUGUUAUUGCUCUGUCAACAACACCAUUAGCAAUGCAAAAAUUAUAUGCAGUAUUUACCGCCAGUUGGUAUAAAGAUCCAUUUAAAGUGGCACAAGAUAAUUUCUUUUUCACAGUUGUUGCCUGCCAAUCAAUUGUUGGUCAUGUAUUGAGUUUUUAUUUGUUUACGCUUUCGGGUACAAUAUUUCGUAGAGAAGUAAUGAAAUUAUUUUGUAAAAUAUUUAAAAUUUGUGGCUGUUAUAAUCCUAAUGUGCAACGAGAUGGGACACACACACAAGACAUAUCAAAAACAAAAAACUUUUGGUCUGCUCGAAGCAAUAUGCAGCUGACAAGAAAUCGUGUUACAUCGAGAGAAUAA